GACUGGUGAAUCAUUACAAUUUCUUCGAUAUUAUAGUAAUUAAUAAGUCAUAAAAACCACUGUAAUUGAGUGUUUUUCGUGAUACAAUGUAAUUAGCGAUGCGAUGAAAAGUGAACUAUUGUAAUUGUUAACGAGUGUUUGCACCCAAUUGCGUGGAUAGCUGGUUAGUGCUAUAGCGUGGUUGAAUAUCAUAUUGUAUUCUGUAUUGUCUUCUUUUUUAAGGAAAUGGCGUAUUGUACCCCGUCAUGCAAAAAAUGGACCACAUUUGGAGUAUCAGGGACUGUUUUGAUGCUUGGAAUACUGCUCAUCGUAGGCUGGAAAGGGUUUUUCAAAAGCAUUAUGGAAAAGGAACUUUCUCUAGGAAGUCGUAGCACAAAAGGCUUCGAAAUGUGGAAAGAAACUCCAAUACCGAUGUACCUGGAAUUCCACCUGUUCAACUGGACGAAUUCAGCCGAAGUUAUUAAGAAUCCCAACGUGAAACCGAAUUUUAUAGAGUGCGGACCUUAUAUAUUUCAUGAGCAUCACAUCAGAGAAAAUAUCACGUUUCAUGAAAAUGGUACAGUUACUUUUAUGCAAAGGAGAAUAUGGAGGUUUCUUCCCGAAAAGUCAGGAGGAUCUUUGGAAGAUGAGAUAACUACGUACAACCCAAUCCUUUCGAGUGUGGCCAACUUGGUGAAAGAUAAACAUAUACUAGUACGGAAAGGAGUAAAUUUUUUCUUAGUAGAAAAGAGGGUAAAAUUAGCUAUCACUAAAAAGGCAAAAGAAUUUCUAUUUGAAGGUUACGAAGAUCCUUUGUUAGAUCUUGUACAUAAACUGAACAUAAGUGGUGUGAACGUGCCUUUCACGAAAUUUGGUUGGUUCGUAGAUAGGAAUAAUAGUUUAGAAUAUGACGGUAUAUUCAACAUGUACAAUGGUGCAAACGGUAUAGAGAAUUUAGGCAAACUCCACACUUGGAACUACCAGACUGAUGUACCAUAUUGGCCCGAUAGCUGCGGAAAUGUAGAUGGUACAACCGGGGAACUUUGGUACCCGCCUUUAGGUAGAGACAAAUUGAAACUUUUUGCUACUGACAUAUGUAGUUCGAUAGAAUUAGUGAAAGAUGGUAAAUUCUGGCUUGACGGAAUGGAAUCUGAUAAAUACGUCGGAACUGAGGAGGUGUUUGAUAACGGAACUGUCUUUCCUGAGCAGAAAUGUUUCGUUCCUGAUCAUGUACAACAACCGAGUGGUAUUAGGAAUGUUUCCCUUUGCAAAUUUGGUGCCCCAGCUUUCCUUUCAUACGCCCACUUUUACCUAGCAGACGAGUAUUAUAGAUCGACAAUAGAUGGAAUGAAACCUAACAAGAGCAAACAUGAAAUGUUCAUCGCUCUAGAGCCCAGUACCGGACUUCCGUUAAGAGUUCAAGCAACUCUCCAAGUUAAUUUGAAAUUAUUCAAUGUGAAAGGAAUAACGAUGUUAGAAAACAUGAAGCCGAACCUUUUACCAGCCUUCUGGUUCAGCCAAACUGCGGAGAUGACAGGCGACUUGAUAGGGUUGGCAAAAGUUUUGCUAGUAAUGCCAUCUGCCGGCCAAUACACGGGUUAUGGUAUGGUCGCUAUCGGGCUUCUUAUUAGCCUGAUCGGAUGCACGAUCACGUACAGAAGGGGGUGGAAAGAGAGUGAGGAGGAAACCUUACUUACCCAGAAUACACUCUAACCCGACUGUUUCAGGCCCAACUAAAAUGUGAUACUUCGUUCCUAGUCUGUAGUGUAUAUUCCAUGUUUUUUUAUUGACAUUCCUUGCGGCCUUGAGACAGUUGCAAUGAGUGGUUAUACAACAUAUGAUGAUACGUGAACAUUAUCUCGGUUACGUAUAGGAUACAAAAAAAUCUCGUUUCUCUAUAAAAAAUGUUCAUAUCUGCCAUUAAUGUUUUGACUCAAUUAACAAAAAAUGUUCUCAUGGAUUAUCCAAACAGCAAAAGGAUGGCUGGACACCUGAUAGCGACACUUUAUUUUUUCUCACCCACAUUUCUGUUAAAAACCUUCAGGGCUAGGUUUGAACAUUUUUUGAUAGGAUUUCUAUUAUUUUUGAGUAUUUUAUAUGAAUACCAGAAAUUUCCCUCAAUAUUCUGGACAAGAAUUCGAAGACUAAUUGAUCCAGACACUGAUGCUCAAGAUUUUGAAUUGUUUAGGUGAUGGUGGAAUCAACCUAUCGGGUCGAUUGAGUCAUAUUUUUUAUACAUAUUCUCUUAUAAAUAUGUAAAAUUCGUUUUUGCAUGUUUGUAGUAAAAUCAUCAUUAGUUCUGGAUUAUUUAGUUUAGCCUCUUGUGCAAAAAUAUAGAGACUGUGGACAAUCUUAUAUCUACGAUCUCUCUAAUUUUAUAUGCCAUACAAUUCUGACAGGAGUGUAAGAAUUGCGAAUAUAUUAAUGAUGUUAUAUAGCAAUAAUAGUAUUCUGUUAAGAAAUGAUUUUAUUAUUCACUGAUGGCCUUGUAAUGACUGACAAGUUUUACACGGCGAAUACUGUAGCGCUUAAAUAGAUUUAAAAUAUAUUAAACCAUAUCAAAUCACUGAGUGAAAGCAAAUUUGUCUUUUAUAGAAAAGUGAUAUUCAGUUGCUGUAGAGCUACUUUGAGUAUUUUUUACACUGUACAUAAAAAAUUCCAAUGCGCUUUUAUUGAGUAUUAGAAUCUUGCCUCACAUCGUUUUGAGACCAAAAGCAGCUACAGAUUCAGAAUUACAGGCCCAGAAAGAGGAAUUUUUAGAAUUUAAGUAUUUAAAAAGGUUAUUUAAGAAGUAAGGGCGCUAUUUUCAUCUGGAUUGAUAUUUUUGUACAGUGAUAUAUAAAAUAUCUAAAUUAUAAUAUGUUUUUAGAACAAUCUGUAGCUGCGACUUGUAUUUUUUGGCCAGUACAUAUUAAUAAAAAAAAUCUGUAUAGACUGAGUUUUUAUUUUACAAAUAUCAUCGUAUUUUAGACACUUCAGUUUUUCUCUAUUAUCCCAUUAUACUAAGUGUAUUAUUAUGAAUGAAAUUGAUCUUACAAAAAUACAUGUUUGACUCAACUUGUUGAUUUAUUUAUUAAUAAAGUUAUUAAC